AUAUAAUAUCUUCGUUCUUCUUCAUUUUUAAGCUGUCAGUAAUCAUCGUUGCUUUCACCGGUACUAAUUUUUUCUUUUCCUACACUACUCUUCUUCUCGUCUUGCUAUUGCAAACAUCGUUUCUUUAUAAGACAUGAAUCGAUGACGUUCCGUUGCUUGGACCCAUUUUGUUAAUCUUCUUUCGUACAUGUCCUGCAAAGAUAUGACAGAAAAUAAUAAUUUGCAGGAGCUUUUAUGGGGUUUGAUCUCCAUAAUUUAUCUCGCUAAACACUUUCUUCAUUUUCUGGUCAAAAGUCAACCACUUUAUUUCCUAUCUAGGCCUCUGGAACUCUUACUGUCAUCAUCAUCAUCAUCAUCAUCAUCAUCUUCUCCGUCUGCUGGCGCUGUCUCAUGGAUCGGAAUUUCCAUGAAUGGAGCUUUGUCAGAAACAGUGGAGAAGGUUGAUGGUGUUCGCGGGGGUAAGAGAGAUAUUAGAGCUGUGAAGUUGAGGAAGAGGCCUCCGGGACUUGUAGUUCCUGAAAGUUGUGGAGAUCUGUUAAUGGAGGAAUUAGUGAGGGAAAUGAGGAGGAAGAAGAUGGAGAAGAAAAAGGAAUUUCAUGACGAGGUUGAAGGGAAUGAUUUCUGUCUGGUUAGCAAACAAGGAAGAAGAAGAGAGGCCAUGGAAGAUAGUUAUGGAGUCAUGCUUGAUGUUUUGGGAGAUCCUAACCAGGCAUUUUUCGCCGUGAUUGACGGGCAUGGAGGGCGAGCUGCAGCUGAGUUCGUGGCUGAAAAUUUAGGGAAGAACAUAAUUAAAGCUCUCGAAAAUGUAGAGGGAGAGUGCGAUAAUAAAUUAGAAGAGGCAAUUCGCGAAGGUUAUUUGACUACAGACAGGGAGUUCCUUAGCCAGGGGGUAAGCAGUGGAGCUAGUGCAGCUUCUGUGUUGGUUGUGGAUGGAAAUUUACACAUAGCAAAUGUAGGGGAUUGUAAAGUGGUUUUGAGUAGGAAUGGAGUUGCAGAGAAUCUAUCAAUGGAUCAUCGUCUUCGCGACAGAGAAGAUGAAUGUUCUCGCAUUGAAAAUUCUGGUGGUUUUAUUCAUUGUUACAAUGGAGUUUUGAGAGUACAAGGAACACUAGCAAUUUCAAGAGCUAUUGGAGACUUACAUCUAAAAGAAUGGAUUAUUUCAGAGCCUGAAAUGAGGAAGCUCUGUUUAACUUCCGAUUGCGAGUUCCUCAUUGUAGCUUCUGAUGGAUUAUGGGAUAAGGUGAACGAGCAGGAAGCCGUUGACGCGAUUCGAAGCCAUGAUACGAAUUUAUUGGAGUCUUGCAAAAAGCUUUUGAAUAUGUCUUGUAGCACCGAUGAUAUUACUGUCAUGGUGAUCAGCCUUCAAAAAUUUAUCACUAAUUAAUUAAUUCUUCAAUAUAAACAAAUGGAUUAGUAUAUUUUUAGAUUUUUGUUAAUAAUUUUAUUGAUAUUUUUGUACAAGGGUUAAUUAGUGCUGACUAUUUAAUGAUAUAUUUUACACCA